AUGGGGUUGAUCAAAAGUAUUUUUUACCCGAACAUUAUACCAAGGAUCAAAAACGAAAUCAAGGGUUACAACAUCAAUCAGAGUGUGAAGAAGGCACUUGUGUCCGAUACAGGUAUCCUGACCAUCCACUUCUGGGCUCCUACAUUUAAAUGGUCCAUCUCCUUGGCCAACAUUGUUGACAUAAAUAGGGACCCAAAGUUGCUUUCCCUGCCUCAGCAGUUUGCCAUAUGUAUGACCGGGUUGCUCUUCACAAGAUUCGCCUACGUCAUUAAGCCGCGAAAUUAUAAUUUGUUGACCAUAAACUUCAUCAUGAGCUUAACGGCGCUGUAUCAGAUUGCGCGCAUCGCGAAUUAUAAGUAUAAUACGGAGUAUAAAAAUGGGGGCAUUGGUGAGAAAAAGGAGGGUGCACAAUGA